AUGGUACGCAAGUAUUCUAGUGUCAAAUAUAAGACAAACAAGAUCUUUCAGACUCUUGUCCGUGAGUACUCCAAAGCCAAAUAUAAGACAAACAGGCCAUUCCAGACUUAUGUGCGUGAUUACUCUAAAGCCAAAUAUAAGACAAACAGGCCAUUCCAGACAUAUGUGCGUGAUUACUCCAAAGCCAAAUAUAAGACAAACAGGCCAUUUCAGAAUUUUGUCCGUGAAUACAGUCAUACAAAAUACAAGAAAAAUAUUACAUUCCAGAACAAAAUUAAAGAACAUAAUAAGAGGAGGUAUCAAGAAAAUGAAAACAUCCGUGUAAAUAAAAUACAAAAAAGACGUGAGAAUUAUUUAACAUGGCAGAAGAAACAGGGAGACAUUGAUUUGGCUAUUGAUCGUUUUCGUCAGGAGGUCAGCCGUGGUCCUGAAUAUGUAUGCUCAGUCUGUCAUCGUUUACUGUUCAGGAAGCAGGUGGUUGAGUGUAAAAGGUAUUGCUACGAAAGCAAAGGAGCGGAAGUGGCUGCAUUGGCCAAUAGAUGCAUAACAUUGCAAUAUUUACAUGUGUGUAAUGUUGAAUGUGAGCAGAAAUGCCAUUUGUCUGAUAGUCCACCAAGCAAAUUAUGGAUUUGCCAUACAUGUCAUCGUAAAAUACUCGGAGGAAAACUUCCCGAAGAGAGUGUUACCAACAACAUGCAUUUGGAUGAUAUUCCACCAGAACUUAAAUGUCUGAACUCUUUGGAACAACAUCUCAUUGCACGUCACAUUCCCUUCAUGAAGCUGUUGUGUUUGCCUCGAGGCCGCCAGAGAGCUUGCCAUGGUCCUUGCGUCUCUGUUCCUGUUAAUAACGCAAAUGUGACAAAUAUACUCCCAAGAAAUGAAUGUGAUGACAAGAUGAUAAGAGUGAAACUAAAACGCAAGUUGACAUAUAAAGGUCAUUACGAGUACAUGUAUGUCCACACUGAUCGUGUCAGAAAUGCACUGAGGUAUUUGAUGGCAAACAAUAAAUGGUACGGUGAUGUGACUAUGAAUGACAAAUGGGUAAACUCUCUGAAUGGCACUGACCAACAUGAGGAAAGUACUAAACAGGAAACACCUGCUAACAGUGAUGAUGAAAAUGUUCCUGAUGAGCAAGCAGAGGAAGACGUGACUUAUAUCAAAGACCAGAAUGGGCUUUUGUCAGAUACAUCAUUACAACCUGUCGAUCUGGGUUCAGAGAUCAUUGAUCAGAAUUUUCAGGAUAUACUUAAUGUGGCACCAGGUGAAGGUAACAGUCCAGUGAGGUUGCUGUCCGAUAAAACCAACGAGGCAAAAUGUUUCCCUGUUUUGUAUCCAUCUGGUGGACCUACAUUCCAUGAUGAAAGAGAGUCCAAAAUAACUCUGUCACGUUACCUGAAUACACGCAUUCUGAAUGCAGAUGGGCGUUUUGCACAGAACACUGACUUCAUUUUUUACGCACAAUACAUAUCAGAGGUGCAUCAAGUUGUAUCUGGUGUAUCAGUGGCGUUACGCAAAGGUGGCGGCAACUCCUCUCUGAAAGACGCAUCACCAGACAUGUUGUUGAACUCAGACUCCUUGGGUAAGAUAUUGCGCAAUGACGAAGGAUACAAGUUCUUACGAGGAAUUCGUGGCACACCUCCAUACUGGAUGUCAGUUCAGAAAGAUUUAUUUGCCAUGAUAAGACAACUCUCCAUACCCACGUUCUUUGCAUCUUUUAGCUCUGCAGAUUUGAGAUGGUCUGAAAUGCUGAGCUCUAUUCUAAGAAUAGAAGGUAAACAAACGUCUGUUGACGAUCUUGACUGGUCUGACAAAUGUGGACUCAUACGUCGAAACCCUGUCACAGCGGCAAGAAUGUUUGAUCACCGAUGGCAUUGCUUUCUCCGUGAUGUAAUCAUGUCGCCAGCAGAACCCAUAGGGAAAAUAAAGGACUACUUUUAUCGUGUUGAAUUUCAACAGCGUGGUUCUCCUCAUGUCCACUGUCUUUUUUGGAUUGAAAAUGCUCCCAAGAUUGAUAGAGAGAGUGAUGAUGAAGUGGCACAUUUCAUAGAUACGUACAUCACCUGUGAGAUUCCACCAGAAACUGAUGCAGAGCUUAACGAGGUUGUGAGCAGCGUACAGAGGCACAGCACAAGACACUCUAAAACUUGCCGCAAGAAAAACACAGUGUGCAGGUUUAAUUUCCCACGGCCACCAUCAAGCCGUACUUUUAUCACAAGAGGUGGGAACUGUGAGGAUUUGAAUGGCAAUGCUGAUGACAAUACAGGUGCUAGUGCCAUCAUGAAGAAUGUGAAAACUGCGUUGACCAUGCCUGACAUGCAUUUUGACACAACUGAUGCAUUUUUUGAGUCUCUUGGGAUAGAUCAAGGUUUGUUUGAAAAGGUGUACAAUAUAUGUUCCAAAAAGAAAAGCAUUGUCCUGAAACGAAAUCCUGGAGACAUUUGGGUGAACCAGUACAACACAGACUUACUCCGUGCUUGGCAAGGCAAUAUGGAUAUCCAGUAUGUCACAGAUGCCUUUUCUGUUGUGCCUGUGAAAGGCACGCCUCUUUUUGCUGAAAACAAAGGAGCCAACCUGUGGGACAACAACUUUGAGGUUGCAGAACUGACUAAAGUUGUUAGACAAGAAAAUGCAGCAUUUGCAGAAAUGCUUAAUCGUCUCAGAGUCCGUAAAAAGAACGAACCUCUCACCGACUGUGAUGUUCUCACACUGAGGCAGCGUGAAACUGGUGAGGAAUCUACAGACAUUCAUGUGUAUGCUACAAAUGCGGAGGUUGAUGAAUAUAACGUGAAGAGACUGCAAGAGAUCUGCCCAGACGCAAUCACCAUACGUGCUCAAGACUUUGUCCGAAAUCCCAAAACUGGAAGAAUGGAACGGAAAGGUGGCUUUCACACAAAAGUUUUCAACUCUUGCUUGCCUAAAUGUGUUUUGUUGGGUGUUGGAGCAAGGGUCAUGUUGAAGAAAAACAUAGAUGUGUCUGAUGGCCUUGUCAACGGAGCAUGUGGCACAGUCGUGGAAAUCAUUCAAAGUCAACAAGACGAUGACAUGCCUGCAGCUAUCCACGUGGAGUUUGAAGACCCUAAUGUAGGAAAGAUCCAGAGGUCAAAAGCAAAAAGGGUUUCUGAACGUUCAACGAUAGUGGAAGUGCAAGAGGAACAAGUGGCUAAUAAUGGUGGAGUACGAAGGCAACUGCCAAUCAGCUUGGCCUGAGACAUGGCUCAAUGUAGACACUGAAGAAGAGCCACAACUUCCAGGAUACGUCUUCAAACACAAUCCGAGGGGAAACUGUUACGAUGACUCUGAGCCAGCCUUUGCAGCGCUGAAACAACAACAAAGAGGUGGAGUUGGUGUGUAUUGUUCAGAAAACAUUGAUGUGCAGGUGUCAAUUCCAGAAAGAUGCAAUUUGGAAUGUCUGUAUUUUGAAAUACCUCAUGCAAAUUUGACUGCUGCUGUGUUGU